AUGGAGAGAGAGAGAAAACCUCCACAGGAAGGAAUGGAGGAGAACAGGCAGGAUGGAAGCUCCAGGAGCUGGUUCAAGGUCACAUUUCCCUCUGGCGUAAAAUAUGAUGAGAAGUGCCUGCAGAAUUUGAUCCAGAGCCUAUGCAGUGUCCCCUUCAACCUGAUCGAGUCUCAGUGUCAGAAAAUGCAUACCAAGAUCUUUGUCAAGAGUGCCAGUAUUGCCUUCGAGUUGAAGAAAGUCAGCAGCGCGAUUUGCAAUGAAGAUAAUGAAAGGGUGACCAAGAUCAGAGGAUAUGAAGUCCCCCAGCAACCUCUUGACCACCAGAGACUCAUCUCAGAUCCAGACAUGACUGAUAGCAGUAAUUCUAGGGCAGACGUGAUGACCCAUGAUAGUGAAAUGGGGCCAAAUCUUAGGAACUGCAUGGCUGCCUCCCUGCAGAUCCAUGAAGAGAAUAAGCCCAAGCUUUUGUCCUUCAACUCGAGCAACAACACACCCUACCAGCUGGUUGGCCUGCCUGACACCAUGCAGAAGGCCCCCAACAUCAGGAGCCUGAACCUCUCCAAAAAUGAGGACAACCACGAGGUACCCCCACCAAUUGUCUUUGGCAUUGAAGCAUCCAAGAAGUUACCAGUCUGCAGGGGAAGCAUCUUCGGAUCUGAAACCUUGAAGAAUCUAAUCUUAAAAUUCCUGCAGCAGUAUUACUGGAUCUAUGACUAUGGGGACCGGCUGGGUCUCCUGGAUGCUUACCAUGAUGAGGCCUGCUUCUCGAUGACCACUCCCUUCAACCCUGAGGACCUGGUUUCAAGCUGCUUGGAUAAGUACUCCAAGGGAAGCAGGAAUAUAAAGAAGCUCAAGGACCCUGUCCUGCAGGUUCAGUUGCUGAAACACACAAAACGUGAUGUCGUUGACUGCCUCAGUGUGUUGCCCAGAACCCAGCAUGAUGUUAGCUCCUUCGUGGUGGACAUGUGUGUCCAGACAGAAAAGAUGCUCUGCUUUUCUGUCAGCGGGGCCUUCAAGGAGGGUGAGUGUCUGUAGAAUCCCUUCCAGUGUCCCUUAGUGCUCCCUCCCCCUGUCUGGCUUCCUCUCAGAACUCUCCAGACUUCCCUGAUCCCUUCCCUUCCUAAUCUCUCUGAGCUCCCCAGCUCCCAU